UUCGAUAUAAGGCUCUACGCAUCUUAUACCAGGGCACCUUUGUUGCGACGAUCACGUAUGCGGCGGCGUGCUGGGCCGAGAGGGCGACGUUGCACGUCGUGCGGUCGCAGCUUCUCAAGGCGCAGAGGGGGCCACUCAUCCUCCUCACUAAGGCAUACCGUACCACCAGUACCUCUGCGCUGGCGGUCUUAGCGGGCGUCCUGCGUGCGGACCUGGAGGUCAUCCGUGCUGGCAAGAUAGAUCUGGAGCGCCAGUCCGCGACCAGGCUGGAGUUGAGCAGUCGGAAGCGCGAGAUUGGGUCCGCUGUGGUUGACUUGUGGCAGCAACGCUGGGCGAGCGAUGAGAGAGGCAGUCAUCUUCGACGAUUUUUCCCAACGGUGACGGGGAGGCUCGAGGCGACUUGGGUAUCCCCGGACUAUGAAACCGUGAAUGUGGCGAGAGUGACGAGGACGCGCACCACGUUCUGUGGGAGUGCCGUUUGUAUGAGGAUCUCCGGAGCAAGAUGCUGGAUGGGAUGGUGCAUGCGGAGGCGGGUCCGGUGUACUACCGGGACCUGGUCACUUCGGAGGCGAACUUUCGAGGACUGCGGGAGUUCGCACACGCGUGGCACAGGCGACGGAGCUGCUCAGAAGUCCGGCGAGGUCAGAGAGGGAGACGCGGAGGGGAGGAAGUCCAGGGGGAGCGCGCCGAUGAGGAGGACUCGAGGAGCAGCAUCGAGGAGGGGAGCGACAUCAGCACGGAGGAUGAACGCGCGAGUACUAUAGCGGAAGUGGGAAACAGGAGACACCACGAUCGGCGACGGGAAUCCGCUGUGUUGUGCCGUCUGCCCCAGAAAGGGGAGAGUGACCGCGAUAGGGACAAGGAGAUGACAGAGAAAUAAUUUGUAGGGAGUCAAGAAGGCGCCCCGGGAAACAAGUACCGAACGGGCGCCCUCCCGCGUUUCGGCCCAUAUAACCGAGAGGUUGGUGGGGCCAUGGGUGGUUGGAGGGUUGAUCCUUGCCUGCCUGGCACAAGAGGCGGAACAGCUCGGAGCCGUGAUCAAGGACCUGCGCAAGGAGAGGAACGGAUCCGGACCGCGCGGCACGCGGGGAUCUGUGUAUUGUGUUCGUCUGCCCCAGAAAGGGGAGAAAGACAAAAGGGACAAAGA